AUGAUUAUCAAGCAUGAUCAGAUAUCGUCUUCAUCUGAGUCAACCAACGAGUAUAGAGUUGACAUCACGAAGGAGUACAUCCUCGAUGUAAUGAGGGUUCUUCUGGUAUUGAAAGAUCCCGAAGAUAAUGAAAAGGAUGAAAUGAAUGAAUUUGGUGAUUCCUGUACCUCCAAACAGCUAGCCAAGUGGGUAGCAAAUGAUGGUAAUUGGGGCCAGUUGGAAAGACAGCAAGUGGAUGGUGCCCGUUUAAGAGGUAGGCGCAUGUACCUCCUCAGAAGUCAAUACAGAGCAACUGUUAUUGACAACGUGAAAAACAUCAACUCGUAUAGGGCAUUUGCUCAUGUGGAUGCCUAG